CAGGGACCUCCUUCUCCUUCCCUGAACACACUCUGCUACACGUGAAAACAACAAGGCAAGCUGGUGUAGGUCCACCCAGGCAGCCAGGGCUGUUCCUAGCACAUUUCCAAAACUGCCCUUGAUGUGUGGUCACAGGUGAAUUUAGAUGUGUCCACCUGCUUUGCCUACAGUUUGGUCACUGAGAAAGUGGAGGGUUGGAUACAGGAGGGUGUAGCUCUCAGAUCUGACUGUUGUUUUCUUCCUACUUUAAAUUCUUCCUGGAGCUGAAGAGUGGGCCAGAGGAGAGGCAGCUGAGAGGGAAAAGGAGCCUCUUAAACAAAAGGUUAAAGAAUUGCAGCCAAAGAUGGAGGACCAAGAAAGAGCCUUCAAGGGAUUUAGAGUCAAAAUGACAGAGGAGAUGAGAGAAAGAGACAACCUUCUGAGGAAGAUGAACGAAAGGAUUCAGAUGCUGGAGAGCAUAGGGAUGAUAAAGGAGGAGCUAGAGGGAUGCUGCAUGAAGACAGAUGGGCUCCUUCGUGAUGCAGCAAAGACCUUAGCAGAAUGGACUGAAAGAGAGCCGUCAGAGGGGGAAAAGGAGCUUCUAAAGCAAAAGUAUAAAGAGAUGUGGCAGAAGUUGGAGGACCAAGAAAAAGACUUCGAAGGAUUCAUAGGCAAAAUGACAGAGAAAAUAAGAAAAGGAGAAAAGACCUCGGCAGAAGAGCAUGCCAAGAGGGAGGCAGCUGAGAGGGCAAAUGAGCUUCUCGAGCAAAAGGUUAAAGAGCUGCAGGAAAAGUUGGAGGACCAAGAAAGAGUCUCUGAAGAAUUAAGAGUCAAAAUGACAGAGGAGAUAAGAGAAAGAGAAAAGACCUCAGCAGGUACAGAAGAUCUGGCCAAAAGAGAGGUCGCCAAGUGGGAAAAGGAGCUUCUCGAGCAAAAGGUUAAAGAGCUGCAGGAAAAGUUGGAGGACCAAGAAAGAGCCUUCGAGAGAUUUAGAGUCAAAAUCACAGAUGAGAUGAGAGAAAGAGACAACCUUUUGAGAAAGACAAAUGAGAGAAUUCAGACGCUGGAAUGCUUACUUAGGAUACCAGAAAAACCAGAGGAACACUACAUGAAGAAAGAAGCAGAAGAGCAGGCCAAAAAAGAGGCAGCUGAGAGGGAAAAGGAGGCUCUUGGACAAAAGGUUGAAGAAUUGCAGCAAAAGUUGGAGAACCAAGAAAGAAUCUUCGAGAUAGUAAGAGUCAAAAUGACAGAGGAGUUGAAUGAAAGGAAAAAGGCCUUAGCAGAAGAGCAGGCCAAAAGAGAGGCAGCUGAGAAGGAAAAGGAGUGUCUUGAACAAAAGGUUAAAGAGCUGCAGAAAAAUUUGGAAGACCAAGAAAGAGCCUUCGAGGGAUUAAGAGCCAAAAUGACAGAGGAGAUAAGGGAAAGUGAAAAGACCUCAGCAGAACAAGCCAAAAGAAAGGCCACUGAGAGGGGAAAGGAGCUUUCUGAGCAAAAGUUUAAUGAAUUGCAGCAAAAGUUUGAGGACCAAGGAAGAGCCUUUGAGGCAUUUAGAGUCAAAAUGACAGAGGAGAUGAAAGAAAGAGACAAUCUUCUGAGAAAGAUGAAUGAGAGGAUUCAGAUGUUGAAGGUCACAGGGAGCAAUGAUAAUGACAAUGGUUAUGAGCAAAAUACUGAAAACGACUGCACUUCAUAGACACAGGAAGACAGUGACAAAGAAAAUACUUCAUGGCCUUUUGUUUUGGUCUCAGAUUUGGGAGAAGAUAAAACAUGUGUGGUCACUAA